AUGUCUAAUAAUCCAUCAUUUGAUGAAAUAGCUCCGGAUGCCAUAUCCCCCGGGGAUACACACACGGGCAGAGGAGAUCAACUACAACCCAUAGAUACAGUUAUUGCAUUACACGAUUUUCCUGGGUCACAGGAGUCGCAUUUGUCAUUGACCUUGGGUGAUACUGUUUAUGUUUUAGCCAAGUCCGCCACUGGUUGGUGGGAUGGCGUAAUUUUUGAUAAUGACGAUGAGCUACGUAGAGGAUGGUUUCCUAAUACCUAUGUUAGGUCAGUGAACUAUGUUCAACCCGUACUCAAAAAGAUGAAGGACAAUAAAGAAUUGGAUUCAAUAACGGCAGCCAACACAGCCGCAAAUGUCUUGAUCCCUUCAUUUACAAGCCUCUUGCAAAAGAAUCUUUUGGAUUCGGAAAAGAAUUCCCCAUCGAGUGCUACUCGUAAAAAUUCAGUUGUCAGCUUUGCUAGCUCAGAGACGAGUAUCCCGUCCGAUUCGAAGAAUACGACUCAACAACAACAACAACAGCAAGGACUCAAAAGUUCGGAUAUAGACAGCUUACCAAAGCGCCCGUCAUUUAGCCAAAGCAUGAGUCAAGAGACUCAAACGUCUCACAGUGACAUGAGCUCUUUGCAAAAGCUUCACCUGUCUUCCUUGACUAACACGGAAGAAUUAACGCUUACGAGUCUGGAAGAAGCAGAAUACUUGUCAGAAGAGUACAGGACCAGGAAUAACACAGCCGUGACUUGGUUACCUCGCUCUACUACGUCGGGAGAUUUUGUUUUCUAUUGUCAACAAUUGAACAUCUACUGUGAAUCGUUACCAUUGUUGUCUUUUGAUCCAUUAAGUUUUCCUCCAAAUUUAGAGUUCCCCGACGCUGAGAAUAUCGAGAAUGUCUUGGCUGUAAACUUAGCUGGCGCUCAAAAGUCGGGCCAUUCGAUAGCACCAAGGGAGGAUUCUAUCACUCCUUCUUUUGACUCGAUAAAGAGGGACUCUAACUCAUCAUUGAGCACCCAGAGUACAAAUGCGUCGUACCAUAAUUUCAGCAAGCCACUCUUUGCUAUGGAUGGGUUGUUCUACAGGCAUGGAUCAGAUGUAACUAAGUGGUCAAUUUUGAGACAGGAGAUUGACUCUUCGCUCGAGUUGUUGAUGAAGGCACUUCUAAAACCAAAGAGAGCAAUGUUUACCACCCACUACUUGCGAUUGAACAAGUUGGUAGCCAUAAUAUGCGCAUCUUCAAGACUUGAUCUGGAUGAUUACGCAAACGGUCAGUUUGAAAGUACGGUUAGGAGGAAGCUCAGAACCAUCUGCCACACCAUGUCCCAUUUGUACUUGAACUGUCUUUUGCAUCUAAAUGACUAUGAGAAUGGAGAGUUUUCUCAGGACUUGGUACGCCUCCAUUCUGCCACUCCUGUACAGGAAGAGUAUAAUCUAUAUAAAACACAGCAACAAUCUUCAGAAGCCAUAGAUACUACAACCCAUGUGGAGAGUGAUGAGGCGAAAUCAACAUUUGAGCGAAUAGAAGCUGAUGUGCUGCUUUUAAAAAAAUGCACGAAUAGUUUUAUUGACAUAUUCAUAAAGUUGACCGAGGAUAAAAUAGUGCUGUCAAGAGACUACGAUUCUUCUGAUAUUUCUGAUGAGGAAGGUGAAGAACGGGCAGAUGUGUUACCCCAGACUUUACCACGAUUCCUUUUAGGAGAAUUUAAUGGUGGUAAUUGGUGCAAUCCGUUUUUUGUUCCCAAGAAUAAUUUUUUGAAUGCUAGUGGAAAUGAACUCAAGAACAAACACCACACUAAAGUGUUACUUGAUCACCAAGUGUUGGAGUCAGUCUCCCGCUAUCUGGCGGAAAUGAUCAAACUUGGGGAAGAGGCAUGUAAUAUUCUUGAAACACAGGUGCCGACAAUUGGUGGCGAGAAUUUCAUAGAGGAGCGGAAUUCCCAAAUUUUGCGACUAAUUUACAGAUUUCUUCAUCAUUCAAGUUCCAUGGUUGACCUUAUGGAAUCUUUUGACUUCACGGUAUUUUGUUUGGUAAAAACAGAUGAAUUUAGAGAGGGAAAGGAGCUCACAAAAAUAAACAAAUCCUUCAAUGCCUUGUCACUAGAGGGUCACCGUCACAGCACUGAUCUCAAUCUAAUGUUUGAUUAUCCAAUUGUGUUGGAUUUUUUCCAGUUUAAACAGGAGUUUCAUAUAUUGGUUCUGCACAUAAUUAUGGCAACUCAAUCGUUAUCUAUUGGUAAAGUUGGUCCAUUAUACAAAGAUUUAGAUAACGAAGACCUUUUAUUUUAUGAUAAGGACAUUUUGAAAGACGAUAAUGAGAAAACAGCCAUGUUAUUGUCGACUGUUCUUCUUGGACGAGCUGAGAAAGUAUACAAUCAAGAAAAUGCCGAUUCUGAAGAUGUUCUAUCGGACCUUUUACAAGAUAGUAUUAGUGCAUGUACUAGUGUUGUUGAAAUUACUCAAAAAUUGAUUGAGGAAAGGGAAACGAUUUUGAAUUAUGCUACACGAGUCAUGCACAAUGAAUUUGACGUGCAGUUGUUAUUAAUGGAAAGAAAUAAUACUUUGUCUUCAGAAAGACUGGAGGAACACUCUUAUUAUAGUGGUGGCCAAGUUAGUGCGAAAGAUGUUCCAUGGUAUUUACAAGGUGACUAUGAAGGUGAUUUGUUAUUGGAUGUGAAGGGAAAUAUCAAGGGAGGUACAAAGGAAGCUUUGAUAGCACAUUUGACCCACCAUGAUAUGUUUGAUAGUCAAUUCAAUACGGCAUUUUUAUUGACUUUUGCCACCAUGAUGCCAUUGGGAGAGUUGAUUAGACUAUUGAUUGAACGUUUUGGUAUUGAGCCACCUGAAGGAUUGGGGUUUGAAGAGUAUAAUAACUGGAUUGUACGGAAGCAAAAUCCAAUUAGACUUCGUGUAAUGAAUAUAAUGAAGUUGUUGAUUGAAAAAAAUUGGUCCCCUUCAUACUUCAAUGAGUCUGCAAUCAAAAGAUGGUUAAGUUUUGCUGAAUCGGAAGCAGUUCAAUCGUUUUCCAUUGGACGGUUGUUGUCAAAUGAAUUAAAGAAUCUUUUAGCGGGAAAGAUCUAUACAGUUGAGAGGCAACCUGUGAUACGUAACACAAAACCACCAGCUCCUUUAACUAGAGGUUCAACAUUUGUGAAAAAGACAAAGUUACUUGAUAUUGAUUAUGUUGAACUUGCUAGACAAUUAACUUUAAGAGAGUUUAAAAUGUAUUGUGCCAUUUCCAAAUUUUCAUGUUUAGCUAAAGUAUGGGGUAAGAAAUCUGGUUUAAAUGAAAGUAUUGAGAGUAUUACCAAAUUUAUCAAAUAUUCGAAUCAAUUGACAAAUUUCGUUGCAUAUAUGAUUUUAAGGAAAUCCGACCCAAAGAAACGAGUUCAAGUAAUUCGUUAUUUUAUUCAAGUUGCUGAAAAAUGUCGUCAAUAUAACAAUUUUUCAUCAAUGACGGCAAUUAUUUCAGCACUUUAUUCAUCACCAGUUCAUAGAUUGAAAAAGACGUGGAAUUUUGCUAGUGCUGAUUCAUUAACAUUAUUGAAAAACAUGAAUAAAUUGAUGAAUUCGAGUCGAAAUUUCAAUGAGUAUCGUGAUGUUUUAAAAUUCAUUGGAUCUGAGCCAUGUGUUCCAUUUUUUGGAGUGUUUUUAUCUGAUUUGACAUUUGUUUUCCAUGGUAAUCCAGAUUAUUUACUUAAUAGAACGAGAAUGGUUAAUUUUGCUAAGCGAGCCAAAACUUGUGAUAUUGUUUCUGGUAUUGAUCGAUUCAAGAAUGCUGGUUAUAAUUUUUUAGAAGUUGUUGAGAUUCAAAAGUAUCUUGAUACGUGGUUUGAAAAAUGUCCUUCUAUUGAAGAACAAUAUCAAUUGUCUUUGGCUUUGGAGAAGAAAAACUAG